AUGGCCUACGUUGAUUCGUUAUUGUCAAAAUGCACUUGUUUCUCCAAACUCAAACAACUCCAUGCCCAUCUUAUUAUCACAGGCAAUUUUCAAUUCUACACUUGCCGCGCCAAAUUCUUGGAUUUCUGCGCCGUCUCUUCCGCCGGAAACCUCCCUUACGCCACCCAUAUCUUCCGCCACAUCACUUCCCCAUACAAGAAUGAAUGGAACGCCAUUAUUCGCGGCCUUGCCCAAAGCCACAACCCCAUUGAUGCUCUCACUUUUUAUGUCUCAAUGUCUCGUUCCCUUUGUAAGCCUGAUGCUCUCACCUGCUCUUUCACUCUCAAAGCCUGUGCCCGUGCAUUGGCCCGUUCCGAAACCCCACAACUUCAUGCCCAUGUGAUUCGAUUUGGGUUUGCUGCAGAUGUCCUGUUGCGUACCACUUUACUGGAUGCGUACUCGAAAUGUGGUGAUUUGGAUUAUGCAUACAAGGUGUUUGAUGAAAUGGGUGUUAGAGAUAUUGCGAUUUGGAAUGCGUUAAUUGCUGGGUUAGCUCAAGGGAAUCGACCCACUGAAGCUUUGUUGCUUUUUAAGAAAAUGAGAGAGGAGAAUAUGGAACCAAAUGAGGUUACUGUGCUUGGUGCUCUCGCUGCUUGUUCGCAGUUGGGGGCGAAUAAAGAAGGGGAACUUGUUCACGAGCAUAUCAAAAGUAAGAAUCUUGAUUGCAAAGUGAUUGUUUGUAAUGCAGUUAUUGAUAUGUAUGCAAAAUGUGGUCUUGUUGGAAGAGCUUAUGAAGUGUUCAAUGAGAUGAAAUGCUUGAGGACUCGUGUCACGUGGAAUACAAUGAUUAUGGCACUCGCGAUGUAUGGAGAUGGAGAGCAAGCACUUGAGCUUUUUGAAAGAAUGAGCCAAGCUGGGAUUGACCCAGAUAGUGUGAGUUACUUAGCUGCAAUCUGUGCUUGUAACCAUGCAGGAAUGGUGGAGGAGGGAAUGAAAUUGUUUGAUGACAUGGAUAGAUGUGGAGUGAGUAAGAAUGUAAAGCACUAUGGUAGUAUGGUGGACUUGUUGGGAAGAGCUGGGCGGUUGGAUGAAGCUUAUAAAAUUGUUCAGUCAAUGUCUACGGUUCCUGAUGUAGUUUUAUGGCAAACUCUCUUAGGGGCUUCCAAGACUUAUAGUAAUGUGGAAAUGGCAGAGAUAGCAUCCAAGAAGCUCGUUGAAAUGGGAUCAAAUCAUUGUGGGGAUUUCGUGUUGCUAUCCAAUCUUUAUGCAGCACAAGGGAGGUGGCAUGAUGUGAGAAGAGUAAGGGAAGCCAUGAAAGGUCAGGAUGUAAAGAAGGUACCAGGCUUUAGCUAUAUUGAAGUUGGUGGAACGAUAUACAAAUUUAUGAAUGGUGAUAAGAACCAUCCAAAAUGGAAUGAGAUUUACUGGAAGCUUGAUGAGGUUUCAUUAAGGAUUAGGGAAUACGGGUAUGUGGCAGAAACUAAUUAUGUGUUUCAUGAUAUUGGACCGGAGGAGAAGGAGAAUGCACUGUGUUAUCAUAGUGAGAAACUGGCAGUAGCUUUUGGUUUGAUUAGUACACCUGAUAGAACUUGUAUAAGUGUGAAUAAGAAUCUUAGAAUAUGUGGGGAUUGUCAUGUUGUGAUUAAGCUCAUAUCAAAGAUAUAUGAGCGGGAGAUUAUUGUGAGGGACAGGACUCGUUUUCACAGAUUCAAAGAUGGAGCUUGUUCUUGCAAAGAAUAUUGGUGAGGUUGAUCUAGGUCUGUGUAAAAAGCACAUUUUUGAAAAGGGCUCAACUUUUGCACGAAAUGCUUCCUGAGUUUGAGAGAUGGGGGAGAAUGGAAGUAUUUAGUAUGCAGCAUUACUUGGCAUUUCAGCUGAGAGACUGUAGAAGUCGCGGUCUAC